AUGAAUGACAAACACAUAUUAGACCUCAUGGCCGCCACCUUCUCUGGCCCUCACCUCUUCCUGGUGGUGCUGGAUAAGGGUGGCCAACACAAGAGCCCACAGCUGAACCUGGUGCUUCUUGGGGAGUCAGGCUCUGGGAAGAGUGCCAGUGGGAACACCAUCCUGGGAGGGACGGCUUUCCCAUCAGAGCCCAGCUCCAUGCCGGUCACCACUGAGUGUGGCGAGCAGACAAUGUCUAUCUUUGGCACAGUUGUGAAAGUCAUCGACACUCCAGACCUUUUUGAUGAGGACCUUCAGGUGCAAAGCAGACAUGUUCGGGGGUGCAAACAGCUGUGUGAGGGUGGUCGGUGUGUUUACCUGUUGGUCAUUCAGAUUGGCCGCUUCACUGAGGGAGAGAGAGACAUUUUAAAGAGGUUAGAGAAAGUGGACACCAGAGUAAGGGAGAGAACCAUCAUCCUCUUCACACGUGGGGAUGAUCUGACAUCCCAUAUUGAUGAUUAUGUCAGAAACACCAACCCACACCUCCAGCAGCUCAUUAAGAAGUGUGGUGGGAGAUUUCAGGUGUUCAAAAACACCACUCAGCAGCAUGAUGAGAAGGGUGGUUUUGGGUGGGCACUGAGUCACGUUAAGUCAAUAAUAGGUGCCAGUAAUCAGACAGAGGUAGAGAAGCAGGUGAAAGAGCUCAUGGGAAAGAUAGCUGACCUGGUGAAGGAGACUGACAGGGUUAAAGUCUUCCCUGGAAUGUGA